AUGAGUUCAUUUCUGGAUAAAAUUCGAGUUCCUAAAUUCACCAAAAAUAACUUGGGUAAUUCUUCUGAUCUUGGCGCUGCGAACAAUGGUGUGUCGGGAAAUGCCAAAGAUAAUGAGGAGUUGGUGGAGGAUUCAGUGAGUCUAGCCUACUCACUGGAUCGUCUGCUUAACGAUUCAUCAGCCCUCUCUUUUUUCAUUCAUUUCCUCGAAUUCUGUGAUAAGCUAUCCCUGAUCAAAUUCUGGAUGCAUGUCGAAGGUUUCAAAGCCUCUUUCUGUGAUUCCAGCGUUGAUGUUGCUCAAUCUCUGAGUGUCAUCGAUGCCAAUAAUAUUUAUGAAAGGUAUAUAGAAGAGACAGCGUUCUCUUCCCUUUCCCUACCUCAAAAAAUUGUCAAACAAACCAAAGAAAACGUGAUGAAACGGCCUCUCAGCAUCACUUGCUUCGAUCAAGCUCAAUCUUUUGUCAAAAGUCUGUUUCAUUUAAGAUAUUUUGAAGAAUUCUUAUCGAGUGUGUUCUAUAAAAAACAUGAGCUGGAAGUUCUCUCAAACGGGUGUACAUUAUCUGAUGUUUUACAUAUUCAACCUUUGCUGCAAUCUUUCAUGGAAGUUCUUGAAACAGAUCUCGAAAGAGAACGAAUUCAAUUCAUGAUUGCUUGUGAGUCAUUCGAGAAUGACUAUUGUGAGCUUUCGCCUGAAGAAGCAACUAAAGAUGCUUUGGCCCUCUAUGAGAGAUUCUUUUCGAUGCAAUCACCUAAUCCAAUCGAUGUUGGAGAUCGUCGAAGAGUGGCUAUAGAGUCGGCCAUCUGCUCGGACACAGGAAAACCUGAGUUGACUGCUUUCAAGGCUGCAUAUAAUUGUGUAUAUUCUGAGUUACAAAAAAAAUAUUUGAACAGUUUCGUAAGUUCGGCAGUUUUCACGAGUUAUGUUGAAGAUCUGAGAUCACAGAUUGAAAAUACAGUUGAAUUCCCACGUCAUGUGAAAACUCGUUCGAAAAACGGAUCGACGGGAUCCUCAGACUCUCUGCCGUCUACUUUUCGGAAACAUUGUCAACUUCUGGAACAAGUUCAAACUUCUUCUCAGACGAACAGUCCCCGUUCUCCGCGAACAACAAACUUGGCAGAAAUUGAUAAUAUGGGGAGAUAUCGUCCUCUAUAUGAUUACUCUUUCAUGCAAGACAAUCGUUCUCCGAAUAAGUUGAAACUUAAGUUGAAACAAUAUCUGGACAAAAGUUCCAUGCGGGAAGAAGAGGUGGCGGAAGAAGUAGCUAAGUCAAUCAUUGCUGACGUUCAAAGCAUGGUGGAGGCCGGGAAAAAAGGAGAGUUUCUUUAA